AUGUCAAAUCACGUAUGUUGGAAAUAAAACCAUUUAGUUUAUUGAAUAGUGGAAUAUAAGUCGUAUGUCAAUUUCAGUUUUUGUAUUUUCUUGGAGGGAAUUUCUUUGAAAACCGAGGGAUCGUAGUUAAAAUGGAAAACUGAGAUUCGAAAGUUAAAUCAGCUGAAUUAAAAUGUCUAAUGUAUUACGGCCGGUAGAUGUAAAUGUUGAUAGAUCACCUCUACGUAAACGUGCAAGAUACGAUGAAGAUGUAGAUGAUCUUAAUAAAAAUGAGAGAUGGAGUUUACACAAAAAUGAAGUAGUUUUACACGAAAUUUUUGAUCACGGCGUAGGACGUUUGGAUUGUGAUGAUGAAGAAAUUUUCACAGAUGAUGAUACUAUAUUUUGUAAAACCGAACCUGGUGCUAUAGACGUCUCGUGUGCUUCUAUGACACCAAAUACAAGAGAUAAACAGUUAUCAAUAUUGGAGUCAACUUUAACUAAGGAAUCACUAGAUAAGUUAAGUCUUGGUGAAUGGGAUUCGAUUUUAGUAACAAAACCAAUUAUUAAACCUACAGAUAAAACAAAUUAUUUCGAUUUAUUAUCAGAUGAAGUGAUUCUAUAUAUACUAAGAUGGUUACCAAAAACUUAUUUAAUGGAUAUAGCAUUAGUUUGUAAGAGAUUUCAUAGACUUACUCAGGAUGAGAGCUUGUGGACAAGAAUGGAUGUUUCUAAUAGACAUCUCCAAGCUGGAGAAUUAGGAAAAAUAAUGAGUAAACAAGUUGUUGUUUUAAGGUUGGCAAGAUCAUCCGUAAAAUAUCCACCCAUUUUGCCGGGUGUUAAGGCUGCUUUACCAGACUUCAAAUCAAGACUGCUCUAUUUAGAUUUAAGUAUGGCAUAUAUUUCUCCUCAAAGUCUGACUAUAUUGUUAAGUAAAUGUAGGCGCCUUAAGAAACUCAGUUUGGAAAACGUUCAAGUUAAUGAUGAGGUCUUGAUAGCGUUAUCGGCCAAUAAAGACAUUGAAGUUAUUAAUUUUGCAAUGGCCGCGGGGAUGAUGGAGGAUGGAUUUAAAUAUUUAUUAGCUAAUUGUAGAAAAAUUCGAGAAUUGAAUUUAGCUUGGACGUAUUUGAAUACUCCUUCUAUCCAAUAUAUUUGUAAAAAUUUGCCGUCCACAAUGGAUAGACUUAAUUUAUCUGGUUGUAGGAAAUUAUUGACUGAUAAACAUGUAUUUGAUCUAGUUUCGAGUUGUCCAAGACUAAGAGAAUUAGAUUUAUCUGAUUGUACUUCUAUAACUGGAGAAGCGGUCGAACGACUAACAGUAUUAGAAGAAUUAAAUUUUUUAGCACUUUCACGAUGCUAUUUAAUUCCAUACAAAUCAUUACUAUAUCUAAAAAAAAUUUAUAAUCUUUCUUACUUGGACAUCCACGGGGGUUACAACGACGCAGACGAAUUAAGGACGAUACAAGAAGGAUUGGGGGCCAAAGUUCAAAUAAACAAAUUCAAAUUUAGUUCGAUAGCUAGGCCUACUGUGGGUAUGCGGAGAUCUAGUAUAUGGAAUAUGCGAGUACGAGACUGAUUAUGUCCCAUUUAACGUAUUAAAAUGCUGAUUUGUGAUUUAAUUUAUAAUUAAGUUUAUAUCGUUAUUAAAUGUGAAUGGUCUCAGUAUAAACGUCGUCGUUUGACAUAACUUGGAAAGUUAAAAAAUUUAAAUAAGUAGGUUCGUUAGAAGAAAAAGGGUAUUUUUAUUAUUGGUUAUUGAUUAAGUCAUUUUGUUGAAAUUUUGAUACCUUAAUGGUAAAAAUGUUGAUUGCUAUAUAGAUUUUGACAUAUUAUAAGGAUUCCGUUAUACUGAUAUUUUCUUCCUAUUUUAUCGUUAUAUCUAAUUUAAAUCAAAAAAUACAAAUGUAAUUAACAAAGUUAUUCAACAUUUAAAAGCAAAUUUCUGCAAUAAUUUUUGAUAUUCCUGGAUUGAUUCGUAAAAUUUUCCUAAUUUGGUUAUGGGAACUAUUUUUUUUGUUUCAAACAUUUUCUCUUUUGGAUAAUUCAAUUGGAAAAUGUAAAAUGGUGAAUUGAACUAUAUUUUUCAUAUUUCGGCUUUUUUUCAACUUAUCGAUGAACAAUAAAUGAAAAUUUCUAAAAUAUUUGUUGUAACACCAUAACAAGGGUUUGAACAAUUAAAAUGUAAAUGACCUGAAAUUUAUUUUCAUAUUAACUACACUUCUCAGUGAAAUUAAUACAUAUUUUACCAAAAAAUAUAAAAAAAGAGAGUUUGAAACACAAUUUAAAAAAGCAACUUGAGUUCUAAUCUCAUUUUUCAAAGUAAUUUUGAAUAAAGGGAGCGAUUUAAUCUCUGAGCAUUAAGGUGACCUGUUCCAAUGAUCACCCUAUCAACAUGUCACCCUCUAUCGUUACUGAUCUGUUUCGAUAUGCAUACCUUGGUCGCAUGCAAAACUUUUCUGAUCGUCUGUAAACUGGAAAGUCUAUCAUUGCCAAAUCUGGACUAUAUUGGGUUGGCGAUAAAGUAAUUACGGUUUUGUAUUAUAUAUUUCCAUUUUGCUCAAUAACCUUUUGCCAUCUUUCUUUCAACUUCAUGAUUACCCGCUCGUAAAAUUUCUAGUCCUUAUCAGCAAAAAACUGAACCAGGUAUGAUUGAAGGUCAUCAUAAUUCGAACUUCGAAAUAAAUGGUAAUCAGAUGGUGCCAGAUCAGGGCUGUACGGAGUAUGUGGCAUCACUUCCCAGCCAAGCUCAAAUAGUUUCCCACGAGUUGCCAAAAAUGUGUGAGGCCUUGCAUUAUCAACUUUUCCGAUUUGACAAUUCUGGCAGUUUUUCUAUGAUUGCUUCAUCCAAUUUCAUUAAUUGUUGACAGUAAACAUCGGAAUUGAUCGUUUGGUUCCUGGGAAGUAGCUCAAAAAAACUCAAUGUGACUAAGUAUCACGUGACAAACGGCAAAGUAUAGCACUAAUAUAUAAGUUAUUCAAAAAAUAAGUUCAGUACCCUGAAUAUCUAUUAUCAUUCAAAAUAUUUUAUUUUCUCUUUGAUUCAAUAUAAAUGUUGUUCCAAAUUGGAUAUUUUUGAGUAUUAGUCAAUUCGCAGAAUUUGGGUUUAAAAUAAAACAAUUGAUCACGUUUUGAAUUAUAGGAUUUAUUACAAGGUUUUAUCCUACUUUUGUAUCUAUUUAUGGAUGUUUUUAUAGCCUGUGCGAUGAAUAGCACAUUCCCACCUGUGUUUCGUGAAACUUCCUUCUUUUUGUCAGCGUAUCGAUAUUUGUAAACAAGGAAGAACUACAACUCGAGCUACCAAAGCUGUUGCUGUUUUAUCCCGAUUGUUUCACACAUUCUUCUCAAUAGAUCAACGUAGUUUUAUUUGGUGAAAGUGUCACCUUUCUGAGCAUUUUCACUAUCGAACACUUUCAAAACACUAUCUUCACCCUUUCGGUCUUUGAGAUACAAAUUUCUUCCAUCUAUUUGUUUCGAGAUCAUAACCUUAAAAUUCCUUACCUGUAAAAAUCUAGUUUUCCAAGAUUAUAAGUUGAUUUAAUUUUACCAUCGAGAUACGACUUGAUACUCUUGGGACAAACAUCUUUUUUGUAUAAAAGAUAAUCCAAUUUGAAGCAAGUUAUUCUUUGUUGUUGGUUCCAAAUAAAUUCACUUUUUUUUUAUAUUUUGUGUUCAAAAAUAGGAUGUAAGUAUUGGAUAGUACCUCAUUUAGUUAUUGCCGGGUAUUACAAAUAAGCUUCUAAAAUAGUUGGAAAAUUAUUAAUAAGAAAAUGUUUUAUUAUAGUCAAAUUCAUUUUCCUCCAUUUUUUCGUUCGAUUAAUUGUUAUUGCACAUUAAAAUUUGGACUUACCGGCUGUUAAUAUAUUCGAAAUAUUAUUAGGAUUAUAUAUAAUUACGACAGAAAGUGCCUUAAUAAAUUUGUAUAAA